AGAUUCGUUGCCCCCGAGUCUGUGCUCGCGCCCAUCCCAGCACUUGAACUGCAGUUGGUCUGUUUUUCAAACAGCGCUUGUUACCUGACUCAUCAAGAAUGGAAAGCGGUACUGCCAGCGCCAACUCGGAGGCCCCAACUCUGUGUGCCGGAGGAUGUGGCUUUUUUGGAUCACCACAGUUGAAUUCAUACUGCUCAGUGUGCUUCAAGAAGACGCAUGGUGAGGAAGAAUUCAAGAGGAGGACAGGAAAGGCUACCGAUUCUGCAUCGAAAGAAACCAUUUCCUACGGCGAGGGUAACAGCAAGGGUGAGCAAAUAGUUGCACGAUCAGAAGCUUGCAAUCAAGCUCCUGAGGUUAAGCAGGACGAUGGAAAGGAUUUGGAAUGUAACUCAAUCAAAGAUGACUUGAAGGAGGAGGAGGAUGCCAAGAUAGAAUCUGAAACUGCUGAGUGUGCAACAACAGCCGAAACUGCAGAUGACGAGCCCAAAACAAAGAAGAUGGCUACCAUUCGAUGCGAGACGUGCAAGAAAAAAGUUGGGCUGACGGGAUUUCAUUGUCGAUGUGGAGGAACUUACUGCGGGACACACCGAUACUCGGACAAGCAUGAUUGCACUUUCGACUACAAGUCUCUCGGUCGUGAGCAGCUGGCCAAAGCCAAUCCAACAAUCUGUCCAGAGAAGUUAGACAAGAUUUGAGCGUUUGUGACAAAUUUUUCAGCACCCACGGCGUCAUACUGGCGCCUUCAGGAAGUUAGUGUGAAUAUUCUCUUGU